CACACUUCAGCCGUCUUAUUAUCACAGAGGAGCCGUGAAAACAUUAUUGUGUUCGUCUGUGUCGAGCGAAUUCUGCUAUUACUGAUCAUUUCACAUCAACAUACGAACAAUGAUCGAUCAUCCGGUGACUAGCAGAUGAGCCAGAUCUAAUCGUCGCUUAAAGAAAGGCGAAAUUUCGGCUAUAUUGUCAGUAUGGCUAGCUGUGGUGAGGUUAACCUAACCGUGGACUCCUUGACUUCAGGCAAGAAGGUGAGUGGAGAGGCCGUGCCUGAGGGAAGUGGGUCUCCUUCAUCUCCUUCGCUGCCCGUUCCGGAGUGUCCAAUAUGCCUGCAGAGCUGUGUCCAUCCCGUCCGCCUACCGUGCCGCCACAUUUUCUGUUUCCUCUGUGUAAAAGGCGCUUCCUGGCACAGUAAACGAUGUGCCCUAUGUAGACGUGAAGUCCCUGAAGACUUUCUGGAGCGUCCGACUUUGCUUUCGCCUGAAGAGCUGAAAGCCUCAGCGACAGGUGGAUGCGGGACGGGGAGCGGCGGUCAUGCUUGGUACUAUGAGGGGCGUAACGGAUGGUGGCAGUAUGACGAGCGGACUAGCCGAGAGCUGGAAGAUGCGUUCAGCAAAGGCAAGAAGAGCGCCGAGAUGCUAAUCGCCGGUUUCUUGUACGUAGCCGACUUGGAGAACAUGGUGCAGUACAGGAGGAACGAACACGGAAGGAGGAGGAGGAUGAAGAGAGAUGUUGUGGAUAUCCCUAAAAAAGGCGUGGCGGGAUUAAGACUCGAUCCAGAUCCUAAUGCGUCAGCCGGAGCAGUUCCAGCGCCAACGCCAGCAGUUGUGGACGUAAGUGUAGAUGGAGCUGCGGCUGAGCGAGAGAGUUCAGCUGAUGGAGCGGACACUGGGGUCAGCGGAGGACGUCCGCAAGGCACUUUUGUUCCUGCUCCAGUAAGACCGCCAACUAUUUUGGGUGGCCACUUAACCAGUCCUGCAUCCUCCAGUGACAUUCAGCUCGUACAAACUCUCGCCCAACUCGACAUCAGCCCCACUGAGCAAGAACCAGAAGAGGAAGACGCAGAUGAUGAAGACGACUCUGCUGCUCCCGAUGCCUCUGGAUAUGAUUCUGAAUCUGGAAUGAGUGAUGAUGAUGAGCAAGUUGAGGAUGAAGAUGAAGAUGAGCACACAGACGGGUCGCAGGGUAGGCAUAGACUGCAGCAGUUAGACAGACCGCCCCCUGGUGGAGGACCAGCGAAUAGCGGAGAUCGGUCUGGGUGCCCGGAUGGUCAGUGCACCGUUACGAAGGUCUGACCAGCAGCACAAAUAAAGGACUCCUACCCAACUACCACAAGCGCUGGGUAUUUCUGAAAUGCAAAAAGAUACCAUUUAAAAUCAGAGAAAGACGGUCUUGAAUGAGGGCGGAUGGUUGUAGUGUAAGAAUAGUGCUUGACUUUCGCUUUCAGUCUUAGAGGACUGCACCAGGGCUGUACUCUUAAAUGGAAGAUACAGGCAAAACUACAAUAAAGCUUGCUUUUUUAUAUCAUAACUUCGAACAGUGUUUCUCAACCACGUUCCUGGAGGAUCACCAGCACUGCAUGUCUCUUUUGUCUGUCACACCCAUUACAACAUCUUUUACAGCAUGUCUCAAACUCAAUUGCUGAAGGGCCACAGCUCUUCAGUUUUGCUCCAACCCUGAUCAAACAGAGCUGAUCCAACUCAUAAAGGUGUUCAUGACUUAUUUGAGCAACUCGAUUAUUUGGAUCAGUUUGAUAGGGCUGGAGCAAAACUGUGCAGAGCUGCGGCCCUCCAGGAAUUGAGAUCGAGACCUAUGCAUUACAGGUCUUUCAGUCUCUGCUAAUGAGCUGAUGAUCUGAAUCAGGUGUGUUUGGUUAAGGAAACAUGGAAAAUGUGUAAAGCUGGUGGUCCUCCAGGAACGUGGUUGAGAAACACUGACUUAGAAUGAUGUGAGUCAGUCCAACCGUUACAUUUUUAUUUUGAUUUAUUUUAAUGAACCGUUAAUUUCACAUUUCUGUGUAACAUUUAAACCGAGAGUUUACCCAAAACUGAAAAUCCCGUCAUCAGCUAUCCAUCCUUCAGAAAACCAGAAGUUUUUAGUUUUUUUUUCUGUUGAAUGCUAAAAAAGAUAUUUUGAAGAAUGCUGAAAGCCUGUAGCCAUUGACAUCUACAGUAGGAAAAACAAAUACUAUGAAAGUCAAUAGUUACAGGUUUCCAAUAUUCUUCAAAAUAUCCUCUUUUGUGCAAGAUGUAUUGAAGAACAAACAGAACAAAAAAACAACCUCAAACUGAUUUAGAACAAUUUGAGGAUGAGUAAAUUAUGACAGAAUUAUUAUUUUUGGAUGUACUAUCCCUUUAAGAGUUCUGCAUUUUCAUAACAGUUAAGAACAUUAAGUUCACACUUCACUGAAAUUCUCAUCCUAAUCCAGUGGUCUCAAACUCAAUUCCUGGCGGGCCGCAGCUCUGUGCAGUUUAGCUUUAACCACCUCUAACUCACACCUACUUAAUAGUCUCUAGUUGUCUUGAACACCUUGAUUAUUUGGAUCAGCUGUGUUUGAUUGGGGUUGGAGCAAAACUGAGCAGCGCAGCAGCUCUUCAAGAAUUGAGACCUAUGCAUUACAGGUCUUUCAGUCUCUGCUAAUGAGCUGAUGAUCUGAUUCAGGUGUGUUUGGUUAAGGAAACAUCGAAAAUGUGUACGCUGGUGGUCCUCCAGGAACGUGGUUGAGAAACACUGUCUUAAAAUAAUGUGAAUCAGUCCGACCAUUACAUUUUCAUUUGGAUUUGUUUUAAAGUACCAUAAAUUACACAUUUCUGUGUCAACAUUGAACAGAGAGUUCACCCAAAACUGAAAAUCCUGUCAUCAAUUACUCAUCCUUUACAAAACCGGAAGUUUUAAGUUGUUGUUUUUUUCUGUUGAAUGCUAAAUAAGAUAUUUUGAAGAAUGCUGAAAACCUGUGGCCAUUGACAUCCACAGUAGGAAAAACCAAUACUAUGAAAGUCAAUGGUUACAGGUUUUCAGCAUUCUACAAAAUAUCCUCUUUUGUGCAAGAUAUAUUAAAAAACAAACAAACAAAAACAACCUCAAACUGAUUUAGAACAACUGGAGGAUGAGUAAAUUAUGACACAAUGAACAUUUUUGGGUGUACUAUCCCUCUAAGAGUUUAGCACAGGGGUGUCCUGCUUAAUUUAGCUCCAACUUCCUUCAGCACACCUACCUGAAAGUUUCUAGAACACCUAGAAAGAGCUUGAUUAGCUGGUUCAGGUGUGUCUAAUUGGGGUUGGAACUCAAAUAUGCAGGACGCCGACCCUCCAGGACCGAUUUUGGGCAUCCCUGGUUUAGCAUUUUCAUAACAGUUAAGCACAAUAUUAAGUUCACACUUUUCUGCGAUUCUCAUUAUCCUAAUCCGUUUAUUAGUCAUUAUUUUCAGUACUGGAUUUCUUUCUGCUCGUAUAGCUGUAAUGCAUUUUGUUCGUAAAAAUAGUAUUUAUUUUUGUUCUUAAUUCUUAAAUGUGAAUAAUUAUGCAUAAUUUCACAAUGCAGAAAAUCGUAACUAUCCUAAAUGCAGGUUAUAUUUGUGUUUAAUGUAUAUUCUCUUUUGAUUUUGAGGCAAAAUAUGAACAUUCUCUACACGUUUUCAUUUUCACAGUGUUCAUGACCACUAUCCAGUGAUUAUGAGGUCAUUAAGUAUGCAAAUUUAGAUAUAAUGAAGUUUGAAGAAUAUCCCACAUUGGUUUUUAACCGAAAAGAUUCUUCCAUGGCUUUAGAAAAUGACUACUACAUGUUUUUUUUUGGCUAUAAAAUAAAAUAACUUUUUUUUGUGACCUCACUUUCAAGUGUAAUAGUUAAGUAUUGCACAGUUAUGCUGUAAAUGGAAAUUUUCUGGCUUUUUAAUUCAUCAGUCAGCACAUUAAAGCAAAUGUCGGAAUUUGUAAUGCACCACCUGGUGUGCAGGCUUAUAAUCUGCAACAGGUGACAAGUUUUGGGGAAAGGGCGAGCAGUAGUAGAUGCAAUACCAGCAUAAUUCCAAACGCAAAACCUAACGAGAAAUAAGUUUAUUGUAGUUUUGCCAAGGACUCCUCUUUAACAUGCUCUAGUCAUAAGAAAAUCUUCAGUCAUCUUGCAUUUAAUACUUUAAAGUGUUUCAUAAUGUGAGGUUUAAAACUCUUUAACUGCGCGUGUGUGUGUGUGUGUGUGUGUGUGUGUGUGUGUGUGUGUGUAUUUUGCGUUUUAUUUUUUAGCGACUUGUCUUUAUUCGUCUGUCUCAUCUUGGUGUGCUUUAUCUGUUUCAUGGAUUUGCAUGUGUUGCUGUGAGGAGCCCUGGACUACAAUGCAUUGAACUCUGGGAAAGACGAGUUCUAUCAGAUGGUGUAAUUUGUAGUUGUAAGUAGUCCUCAGACUGCAGCACACUAAUCGAGUGAGUGGAUUUCAGCCGUAGCUGAACCGAAGUUUUUUUUUUUUUUUUGCAAUUUUUAAUGUUCUUAUUUUCAACCUAAUUCUCACCUCCAUUUGUUCAGGUCCUUUGUUGUCAACAAAACGCGAAAUGCAAACUAAAAUUAAAUUUAACUUCUUCUUUUUUUGGUGUAUUUUUGUUUGUUUUAACUGUGUUGUUUUGUUACUGGGUUUAUCUGAGAAAUAAAGUGUUGUCUGUUUCCUGUCUGAGAUUAAA